AUGACACCUCUGCCGGCAGCACUCAUUUACCACUCAGCCUAUAACAGGAUUACCCAGAAAGCGGCGGACUCCCAUGGACAAAGCCCAGCUCUCACGCAUGGCGGACAUCAGCCUGCAGACAAGGGAAGACGGCAAGCGCCAAGGCUGCAACUCGAAUGCACCCAAAGAACUAUACAGGAGUCUAUGAGGACAAAGUACACUCUGAUGCCUGCUCUGAUGGACACUUGCCCCCUACCACCUGAACACAGCAGAAGAGGUAUCGGAUAAAAGCGGGACUACCCCUGUCUGAGUGGCCUAGGGACCACCAGGAUACCGAUAUCCCCCACACGGAGGCAGCUCUGGGAACUACGACCCAUCAGGGUGACAGUUGCCCCGCAUUGUCUAACCCCACUAGUCUUUAUAAUAUGACCUACCUAGACAUAGUAUAAAAGUUAAUCUAUAAGUUGUAUCUACCAGUGACCGCAAGUUAUCGCAAUGUAUACGGCACUCACAGCAACGUACACUCUUAUUCCACACUACAUCUUAACUGAAGUUACUGAACCUACUGUAUAGCUACAUAACUAACUAAGCCUGUUUACGUUUAGCCUGCAUGAUCUCUAACUUAAAAAUGAGCCACUAGUUAAGUCUACAUUACCUUGACUAACUCAUGUUGUAUCUACAUUACUGUUGCUAGCUUAAUCGUCAAAUAUAAAAUUUCAUGCUGUUUUCCUAAAUGAUGCAAGUAUUAUCUCUAGUAGUCCUCACUAUUACUUCACAUGUAUCACUGAAUGUACCGCAAAGCCUUGCAUUUGCUGUUGUGGCAAUGCAGGAUGCAAUGUAACCUCAUGCAUGUUCAAAAAUAAAGAAUAUAAAAAAAAAAAAAAAAGUGUGACAAAGUAUGACCAUCUAAGGUGCAGCUUAACGCUUCACCUGGUAGUAAAUAACCCAUUAAUGAUUAAAUUCUAAAUAUAUUUUCAGAAUAGAAAACCAUAUAAAUUGUUGUUUAUAAUUUUUUUAUUUACACUUAAUUAGUUUCAAAUUUUUUGUAUACUGUGGCCAGCUCAGCAUUCUGCGUCAUCAGGAAGUCAAAACAGUCGACUUCCUUUCGGCUACAUAUUAGAAUGCUGGGGGGCAGCUCCAAUAGGGAAAUCCCAAUGGCCCUGAGAAUUCUGAAAACAACAUUUAUUUUUUAUUUACAAUUUUCCGCUGUAAAAUACAAUCAGGCUUUAAUCAGACUUCAAGGAGUGAUUACUACUUUUGGAUUACCGUUCUAAGCCAAUUCAUGUAAAUAUCUUUUCAAGUAAAAAUUAUACCACUUAAAAAUAAUGUGUUUAUGCGAACAACCUUUCUUUCUUUCAGUUCUGAAACAAUGCGGAAACCACAAAAGUGCAUUUUCAUUAUUGUAUUGCUUUCUUCUGUAUUAUUUGGAGUAACUCUGCAUUUGGCGUGGAUGUCAUUUUCACAAAAUAAAGGUAAGCCAAUGUGUGUCUGAAAAAAUGUGCCUGUAAAUGGGAUGGAGUUUAUAUCCUUGAUGCCCUUAGAAUGCCCCCAUAUUGCAAUAUUCCUUACAUAAUGGCGUAUUGCAUCCUUAUUGUUUUGCUAUUUUCCACCUAUAUAUUGUUCCCCUAUAUUACCACUUUACCAUUGCAUAUUACCCUUGUAUAUUACCUCAUUACACCCCUUUAUUGCCUUGUAUAUUGCAUAUCGAUAUAUUACCCUAUAUCUUGCUGUAUUGAUUAAAUUAUAGCCCCCUUACUUCUACAGUCAGGUACACAAGAGAGCUUGUUAAGGAGGAAGGGGUUAAAACAUAGGAAGGGGGUACAUUAUUGGCUGUCUGAUGUACAAUGCACAUGAGGACUGAAAGUUGGGCCAGGUAGAUAUGCAAGGGAAAUGGGACUUGCCAACUUUCCAUAGUCAUUGCCAAAAAACAGGAUCAGUCUCUCCUGUAACCCAUCAGGUACGUCCCAUCAAGACUGUAUUUUUCUUGUUUUUGAAGCAAUGUACGAACAAUGAACACCGGAAGAGGCCGCAACAUCAGAAGUCUCCUCUCCUCCCCGUACUCACUUUUACAAUUUCUCUAACAUUAACAUUGAAUGCUGGUAACAUUAUACAAAAAAUCAGCAGACAUAUAUGCAUGUAUUUUGCUUAUUGAAUUUCUUUGGCAGUAACAAUAUUUAACUUGAUUUAACAUGAAAAUAUCAAUUUCAAACAAGAAUAUCAACUUGACUCUGAUAAGUUCAUGUCUUUAGUACACAGAAGUAAGAUGAGGUGGGUCCACAGAGUACCUGCUAUAGCUUCCUCAAUUCCAAAUUUAAAAAGAACUAUUUCUAGGUGCUCUACUCUGAGAGUGCAAACUACAUUUUAUUGUUUCUGCACUGCCCUAUUGGCCGCAGAAAAUAGAGGUUGCGGACCCAUCAGCUUCCACUGUUUUUUUUUGCUACCAAAAUACUAGCCUCCGUUCUCACAUGCAGUCUGAAAGCAGCAGAGGCACCAAUAUUCUGAUAUGUAUACAGUCUCCUGCGGAUUCCAAAGAUUGCUUGGGACAGUCUCCUACUGUUACAGCUGUUUGAGUCAGCUUGCCAUACCCGAUUUGGGCAAAUGGCGAUUUGGGCAGUGGCGUACUAAGGGGGAGGGAGUGGUCCGUGCCGGUUACCACUUAGUAGGGGGGGUGCUACGCUCUGUACCUCCUGCUGGUUCGAAGAGGAAAAGGGUAUUUGAACGUGACUUUGAAGAAAGGUAGAUGCUGCGUCAGUGGUGGAACUAACGUAGACGUCCGUGGUGCAAGAAUUUGGGGAUGGUGUGGCCAAAAGGUAGAUACCCAUCUGUCGUACAAGUCUCACAAGGCUUUGCCAGCUGAGGAUCUAAUAUUUGCACAUCCUUGCAGGGUUGUAUUUAGCAGUGAGCAGUGUUUGUGUGUUUGAAUGCAAGCAUGUUUUGGUAUGGAGUGUGUGUAUGUGAAUGCGAAUGAAGUUGUAUAAUCUUAUGUACGGUUGCUAUUUGGAAGCAGUGGUGUACUUGUUUUUGUAAGUGUUUGUUUUUGAAUGUAGGGGUGUGUUUGUAUGUAGUUUUGGCAUUUGAAUGCAGCCGUGCAUUUGUGUGUAGUGUUGGUUUUAGAAUGCACGGUUGUAUUUAUAUAUAUAUUGUUGGUGUUUUAAUACAGAUGUGUGCUUCUAUGUAUGCUGACAUCUGAAUGUAGGGGUGUAUUUGUGUGUAGUGUUGGUGUUUGGAUGCAUCUAUUGAGCCACAGGGGAAAUGUAGCAAACUGGCUGAACAUCAUGAAUAAAUAUUCAGUGCCAAGCUUAGCUAUUGCUUGAGAAGUUUACCAGGAAUUGGAUGGGAUAUAUAAAAAAAAAACUGACAAAGAGUGAGUGUAAAUGAAUAGUUAAUACAGCCACAUCUUCAAGGGGCCUAAAAUGUUUUUGUUGUCACUGAGCCAUGAUGGGCCCCUUUUAAUACCUGAUCUGCCAAAUUAAUAUUUAAAUUCUUUUUUUUUUUUUAGGCACCAACGAAAUAAGCAUUACACAGCAGAAUCGGAAAAGAAUUUUGAAGUCAGCCUGUCCCCAAGGAAAUCUAAGUAAUUUUUUAAAUAAAAUUGAUCUGUUUCAUGCAAAGCGAUUAUUUGUGGAGGAGAACCAUAAAUUCAUCUACUGCGAAGUACCAAAAGUGGGGUGCUCAAACUGGAAGAGAAUCAUAUUUCUUUUGAAAACAAAUAUCAGCGUGAGAGCAAAUUACAUUGAUCAUGAGGCUAUUCAUAGCACUAAUUUCAUAAAGAGGCUAAGCGACUUUCCCCCAGAACAGCAACAAUUGAUGCUACAAAAAUAUACCAAGGUCAUGUUUACGAGAGAUCCAUUGCAGAGAAUGGUUUCAGCUUAUAGGGAUAAAUUCCUCCAUUCUGGUGGCUACUACGGGGGUCACAUAGCAAAUCGCAUCAAAUUAAUGUUCAGAAAAAAGGAGGACCAAUCUAACGAUAACGUAUCCUUUGAAGAGUUUGUUCGCUAUCUCAUUCAACAAAAUCCAAAAAACAUGGAUAUACAUUGGAUGCCAAUGCAUCAGCUUUGUGAUCCAUGCAAUAUUAAUUAUGACAUUUUAGGGAAAUUCACAACCUUGAAAACUGAUUCUGACUAUGUUUUAAAGGUAAUAGGGGCGCCUGCUAGCGUCAGAUACCCAGACAUAAAGCAGUAUAAUGAAUCCAGAACUGAUGAAAAGAUAAGCGAAGAUUAUCUUUCAAAGUUGCCUCUUCCAAUGUUAGAACGUCUGGCACAGAUAUACAAAUUGGAUUACAUUCUCUUUGACUACCGGUAAUACUAAUUCUGCAGAUCUUUACAAUGUUAAAUGAAAUGAACCUGGCAGUGAAUGGG